AAUACAAAAAUGAUCAAAAUGCGGUUUCUACAAAUUUUCUAUCAAUUAGUGUUCCUCUUCACUAUAUCCGUCGAAAUCAGUGCUCUGCGGGAUGUGCGAGUGCGAGUGCCACAUGCGGUUAGACGAGGGGAGAAGGCGAUGCUUAAAUGCUUUUACGACAUCGAGGAUGACAGUUUGUAUUCAGUGAAAUGGUAUAAGGGCAGAAGAGAGUUCUACAGGUUUACACCGAAGGAAACACCACCUAUGAAGGUCUUUCAUUUUCCAGGCGUUAAAGUAAGGCGCUCGUCCUCCAAUGAGAGCCAAGUGGUGCUCGAUGCGGUAACAAUGCAAACAUCCGGUAAAUACAGCUGCGAAGUAUCGGCGGAUGCGCCCUCAUUUCAUACAUUAAUAGCGGCCGCCGAAUUGGAAGUUAUUGAGACGCCGCACAAUGCGCCAUUCAUAAACGGAAUUCGGCCACGAUAUCGGGUCGGCGACAUAUUGCGGGGCAAUUGCACAUCGCGACACUCGCGACCGGCGGCCAAUCUCACAUGGACGGUGAAUAAUGAAGAGGUGAAUCCCUCACAUGUGCGACAUCAUAAGAUACUGCGUGAUAUUCGCAACGAUAUGGAAACUUCAAUUGUGGGCAUUCAUUUCGUGGUGACCGAUCAGCACUUUGACAAUGGCAAACUGAAACUACGCUGCAGCGCCCAGCUACAUGAUGUGUACUGGAAGACGACGGAGAAGACCAUAUUGGAGGCGGAUCCCUUUGGCAAAUACGGCAGCAGUGGGGCGAGCGGGAAUCGCGUGGGAGCCGACGAGAUAUAUGACCAGUACACACUUCACGAGGACGAGCAAUUCCAUAGCAAGAAGAACAGUUACCUGACGCAGCUGCAGGACUUUCUGUUUCAUUUUGUACCCUCAGGCGAAGAAGAUGACGGCGCCGAUGGUUUAGAGGAUGGUGGUGCCGCCUGGCGUGGUGUCAGCUCGGCCAGCAGUCAAAGUGUGACUGUGGGUGGUGCAACUGCGACUGCAACGCUUCUGGCGCUGCUCAGCUGGUCGCUGGGCAGGCAAUUAGGAUCGCAGCUGGCACCGAUUACAAAGAAUCGGCCGAUGCGGGCAGAGGCAGUAGUAGUCCAGCAGAAGCAAAGACAACGCCUGCGGGUGCCCAACUGCAGGAGCUGCACUUGCACCAGCAGCAAAGAAUGCAGCAGAUGUAGCAGGCAAUUAACAUGAUUCAAUUGUCACACGACUCUUGUGCCACACUUCAGGGAGGUUUAAACAGUAGCAGCAACGGUAGCAGCAGGAGAUGGACUCGCAGCAGUAGCAUAGUAGGCUUCAGCCCUAGGCAACAGCAAGCAACUGCUAAAUGCAUCUUAAAUAUUUACACCUACAUAUACACGGACUCCAGUUUCAGCUAGCUCAAAGUAACUUCGAAUGCAUUUAACACAAAAUAACAAAACAACUAAAAUUGAGCUAACCGGGCAAAAUCAACAAGGAAAUGCAUCAACAUUUUUGUUUAAGAAUGCAGAAUGACAGCCUUUCGUUAGGUUUCGAUAAGCAAAUGGAUUAUUUUUUUUAGAAGCGGAGCCAAACACUAAUUACAUUCUUGCCUAAACUCCUAAGAUAACCACUUGCGAACCGGUUAAAUUUUUGGUUAACACAAUUUAUGAUAGCUCGAAACGAAGACGAAUUAAAGAAAAUGUUGUGCUAAGCUUUUCACUUUGU